AUGCCAGCGGAAGGAUCCCGCGCCGCCAAGUGGCAACUCUCCCAACUCUCCGACAGCGCCUCCGGCUCAUCCUCCGAAGCCGGCAAGUACCUCACCAUAUCGGCCAUGCAUCCGUUCCGAUCUUUCUCCGUCGAGGAGAUCCGCCUCCACGACUACUCCCGCGGCGACAAAGGCGCCGACCAACCGCAGCCCGUCUUUGGCGCCUUUGGCUCACAGCAACAACAGCCCUUCGCCGCGACUGGUUUUGGAGCCUCCGCUGCGCCCGCUUUCGGCGCCUCCUCAGCCUCAGGCUUUGGCUCCACAAUUUUCGGCGCUUCUCAGUCCGCCUUUGGCGGUGGCGCCGCAGCCACGCCGGCUCCUUCGCUCUUCGGCAGCUCUGCGGCUUCGUCACAACCGAGCCUGUUCGGCGCGCCGGCGCAACCCAACACAGGCGCUUCGCUUUUCGGCGCGCCGGGGCAACCGAACCCGACCCCCAGUCUCUUCGGGGCGCCGGCACAGCCCAACCCGGCCGCCCCCAGCCUCUUCGGCGCCGGGCAGCAGCAGCAGCCCAACACAGCUGCCUCGCUAUUCGGCGCCCCCGCGCAAUCCGCCCCCGUAAGGCUGUUUGGCGCGCAGCCCGCGUCAUCAGCGUUUGGCGCCGCGCCUUCGUUCGGGGCUGCCGCGCCCAAGCAGAGUGCACCAUCGCUGUUCGGCGCUUCCACGGGCUUUGGGGGCUUUGGGGCUGCGUCGCAGCCCGCGUCAGGGGCGAGCUUGUUCGGAGGCGGAAGCUCUGGCGCUUCGCUCUUUGGCAAUACGGGGGGGAGCUUGUUUGGAAGCACCCCUGCCACAAGUGCGUUUGGCGCGACUAGCGGUAGUUUGUUCGGGGGGAAUACUGCGGGGUCUCUCUUUGGGCAAGGGGGGCAAUCGGGAUUUGGCAAGCCUAGUGCUGGCGCCUUUGGGAUGGCCGGUGCCUUUGGCGGACAGUCGCUGCAACAGCAACAGCAGGCACACGGGCCCUUGGAGGCCUCCUUGACUGCCAAUCCAUUCGGGGAAUCGAAUCUUUUUUCGGGUGUCGCGGCAGCGGCGCGUUCUAUGCCUGGUGGUGCUGGAGCGUCUGUUAUCAAUACAGCAGUUGCUAUAGGUCAGACGCAACCGAAAGCCGUUAGUGUGGUUGUGAAGACGCCGACAGAACCAUAUCGUCGAACUAGAGCUUCGGAGGUGCUCGCCAAGCACAAUGUACUUCGGCGGAGAGAUCCUGGCAGUGGCUGGUUUGCGGCGUCACCAAUGCGCCCUUGGCGCGAGAGUGGAUCUGUGUUCAAUGUUGGCACGGUGCUUCGGCCCAAGACGAACCGCAGAGGUGGGUUUGGAAGGCCACAAGCGGUGAGAUAUGACGUCACGCCGUGGCGAACGGAGGAGCAGCGACUCAAGGCGGCAAAUAUAAAGAGACUGGUUGUUGAACCUAUGACCAACGACCCGAUCUUGAAUCGAAAUCGACAGUUUCAGGAUGGGCAAGACUCCGAGCAAAGCGGGGCAGGUGAGAGAGGUGCUUUGGGUGAUGACAUGGAAACAUCUGACGGAAGACCAAGUGAUAUAAACGGAAGAAAUGAAGAUCCUUUUGGAUCAUUUGAACCCGGAACAGAAUCAGCCACACAAGAAGCCGUAGCAGAGGGCAUUGGUGAGGUCAUUGGUGACGGAGACGAUGAUGCUGAUCAAGGAUUACCUCGCAGCACUCAGUAUCAUGAUGCUCACGCUUCCGGCCUAGCUCACGAUGAUGACGGAUCAUCUCCUAAUGUACGCCAGGAAAGUGACGAGAGGAGCACAGGACCGGCUGUUGAAUAUACAGAAGUUGCGCAAAAAGAACUCUCCGCGUCCAAAACGAGAUUGAGUCUUGGAGCUAAUCGAAACAGGCGUUCUUGGAGGCGUGGUUCAGUUCACAUGCCAACAUGUAAUGACCCAGAGUACUACAUGAUUCCUACCCAUGAUGAACUAGCGAAGAUGUCGAGUGAUGAAUUGUCGAAGGUUGAUGAAUUAACUAUCGGAAAGAAGGGUUUGGGAGAAAUUUCUUGGUUGGAACCGGUCGAUAUGCGUGGUCUAGACAUAGAUCAAGUUGUCCAGAUCAAGAAACGCGAGGUCAGCGUUUAUCCACGUGACGACGACGUACCCGCUGUCGGUACGGGCCUGAACAAGCCGGCGAGGGUUAAGCUGUUUGGAAUCCACAAGUUGGACAAACGGACUAACGAACCACUAACAGAUGCUACAACUGCGGCCAAAAUGGUCGGCAAGCUUAAAGCUCAUUGCCAGAAGGAAGGACUCAAGUUUUUGGGAUACGAUGUCAAAACAGGAACAUGGACGUUUCAAUCGAACAGUUUCUAGACUUCGUGGGUCUUGUGUACAUAGCAACAGCUGUGAGCUUUUGGAAAAUUCCACGCGCAAAAAGUUUCGUCUCCUGUUCACUUGACAGUUUCUCGAAGUCCCAAGAGAACGGAACCCCCGACGUUGGUGACAUUUAUUCGAUUCUGCCGCCCGAGCAAGUUAAUAAUAAAGACUACCAGCCAAAGUUUUUGGCUUAGACCAA